AGUCAUCUAGAAGGAGACGGACUCCCCAUGAAGCUGCCCUCGACUUUCCUGAUUUCCAAGCAUUGAGAUGGAUGGUAACCUGCCCAAUGACCAUGGUUUCCGUGUUUGAAGCUGCCAUAUGAGAAUGGUUCCACUCUGUGAAUCUGCCCUCCGUUAUCAUCUUAAAUAGCAGACACAAACCACCCCUAUUUCAGAACCAGACAGCUCUUCUUCUUUCCCUACUCUUCUCUUCUCAGGAAGAUUUCACAGCCAUGACCCAACACGGCCAUCACCAAGGUCCAGUGGUGUAUCCUCCUCCAUCAGCACCGUACCCGCCGCCGGGCCAGCCACCACCUGCAGCUUAUCCCCCACCACACAGUGUGGUUUAUCCACCCCCGCGGCCACCCCGAUCCUAUCCGCCGCCGGUACAAGGGUACCCUCAAGCCCAAUAUGUGGCUCCACCCCCAGUUGCUUAUCCCAUGAAAAAUGGCCAUCAACCUCCUCCACCUCCAGCAAGAAGUAAUCACAGAGGAAGUGGUUUCUGCAGGGGAUGUUGUGCUGCUUUGUGUUGCUGCUGCCUCUUGGAUAUGUGCUUUUGAGGACUCUGAAUCACAUUUCUUUCCCAAUUCUUUUUCUCGGGUGUAUGUGAGAUAUGGACCUUUUAGUAUAAGGUCAUUUAUGAAUUCUUUCACAGUAUAGACGAUUUACAUGUUGUAUGCAUUCUUUUAUAAUACACUGUUUCAGAUUGGUUUUCCUA